UUCACUUUACAAAGGAAACCCUUUCUGAAUAAAUUGCCAUGUCUCUGAAAAUAUUUCAAAUUUUGGUGUCUGCUCUGCUCUUUACAGCUUCUGUUUCAAGUGUCCUUGGAGCACCCUUUCUGACAGAAGAAUCAGCAAAUCAAUUCAUACGGCUCAAACGACAUAUACCAUAUUCUCCGAGCUACUGGGACUCCAGAAGCAGCCAGAACACGUGGGGAUACACUGUGGCUGAACAGAUUAGCAAAUCAUGGGCAGCUUUUAGAGAAACAGCACAAUACUACAUGGACUUGGACCCUUUUGCCUUCGAUCCCUCGGUAGCCGUCAACAACAUCAGACCUUACAUGGAGCUACUACAGCAGUCUGGGACUCACCUCCAGCAACAAGCUAUUAAAUCCUACACGUCUCAUAUCUGGCCAUGUUAGGAUAUGGCAUGUUAUGUAUUUGCCAUUACAUAUUUGAUAAGAUGACUUUAUCUCAUCCCACUUAGGUUUAAACCCAAAAUUAAUAACUAAUUCUCUGUAUAAAACCAACCAUGAACUUUUAGCAGGUUGGGUUUAAAAAUGCCUAGUGUUUUCAGGUAAAACAUUUUUUUGACUAAACAAUUGUUUUAAGAUGUACAUUCCUGCUUCUGUGACUGAAAACCACACUUUUAUUUCUCAGUAUUUUCCUUUAGCUACAUUUUUGAGAGGCUAGUGAGAAAUGAAAAUUGGUCACUUUGGAUGGGUGAGAGAAGUAGAGCACAUUUGCUUCAGGUAUACUUCUCUAGUGCAAGUGCAUUUCCAUUCUUUCAAGUACUAGUAGUAGGUGUUGUGGUACACAUCCAUUCAUGUCUAUGCUUUUCUUUCCUCAUUUAAGCUUUUGUACUUGGUCUUGAGUGCCAAAACCAACUGAACCCACAGCUACUACUGUAUGUUGUUUUUUCUUACUCCACAGAGAAAGGAAAUGGUGGAAACGUUCACAACUCGUUCUCUAAAAAAAAUGGUGGUGACAAAUGUUCUUUAUGCCAAGUUCUUGACCUUGGAAGUUUCCUGGUUCCUAUUCAUUAAUGUACCUUAUUGCAGAACAUCUUUGAAGAAAAGAUUAGGAGUCCAUGUUUCUUUUAUAUGUUAUUAAUAUAAUGCUAAUUAAAAGCUUUUUCAACCUUGGCCAAAGUUUCUGCAUGAAAAAAGAUGAUCUGUUGAGGAAAACAAAAUGUGUGGUAACCUAAUGGCAGGGUAGGUGAAGGAAGGCAAUUUUUGCUCGCUUUUUAUUCCCAAAGAGCAGAUUCUGCAUGUUGUGCUUUCAGGAUUCUUUCUGAAUAUGGACUGUACUCUAAC